CGGGUGGAGCCGCUUGCCCAGCCGGGCUGCGGGGACGGGCUGUACGGCUGCAAGGAGGCGGUGCGGCGGCAGAUCCGCUCCGCCAGGCAGGUGAUUGCCCUUGUGAUGGAUUCCUUCACAGAUAUUGAUAUCUUUGGUGACCUCCAGGAUGCCUACAACAACCGCAAAGUCCCUGUCUAUAUCCUUCUUGACCAGGACUUUCUACCCCAUUUCUUGGAAAUGUGCAAGAAUUUGGGAGUUUGCCCUGAGCAGGAAAGUCUCAUGAGAGUUCGAACUCUCACGGGGAACACGUACUACAUGAGAUCAGGUGCCAAAAUUAUUGGGAAAGUCCAUGAGAAGUUCAUGUUAAUUGAUGGCAUUAGAGUGACAACAGGCUCCUACAGUUUCACCUGGUCUGAUGGGAAGCUGAACAGCAGUAACUUGCUGCUAUUAUCAGGCCAAGUGGUUGAACAUUUUGACCUCCAGUUCAGGAUUCUUUAUGCCCAGUCAAUGCCCAUCAGCCCUAAGUGGCCAUCCAGCUGCAGGAACAGUGGAAUAUUUGAUCACCUGGCAAACAGGAUAGAGUCCCCUAAAGAAUAUACUGUGGAAGGCAACUUGAGAGCAGAAUUUGCCAGAUUGUCUAGUACUCCAAAGAAACUGCUGAAAGAACUUGAUCUGGCUGAAGAUACCCCUGGAGGCAAACUUUGCAACUUGGGGCAUUCUUGCCUCUGUGAAGAGCAGUGGUUCCGUGAUCAAGAGGCCAUGGUGGAACGGAAGGGCGUGUCAACUCAGACUGGCCCAUGGGAAGGGAAGCCUGUGGUGACCACAUGUCAUGCUGCCACACAGACCAGGGCUCUGACAGCAGAAAUGGGCACUCAGGCUUCUGUUGCUGCUAGAGAGGCAGGCACUCAGACUUCUCUUUUGCUGAAGACUGCAGUGACACAGACAAAAGAAGAGCGGGACACAGAAACACCCCUGCUUCACAGGAAGUUGUCAGAAGAAGGUUCUGCUCUGUUUGGAAGGGCUGUAUCAAGUUCUAGCCUGCGAUCACUGUCUUCCUCAUCAUCCCAGUGCUCCCUUACCAGCUCUACUGGCUCAAUCUCAUCUCUCCGCUCCUUUGAAUAUUCUACCAGGCACAGGGCAGAAUAUUUCCAAAAACUGCAUAACGAGAGGCAAUUCCACUACUCCACUAUCAGAUCAAAGCUUAGCCACAUGGUGGAUAUCCUGUCCCGGAGGGGCCGUGUGCCUGAACCAGCCCAGAGGGGCCGUGUUCCUGAAAGCUUCCUACCCCAGUACCCAGGAAGGUGCAACCUGAAGCAGCGGCGGGACAUCAGCGCCAGCCUGCGCAGCCUCCGGGACGUGUCACUCUUCUCUCUCAAGAAGUGA